AUGUCGGCCCCGGCUCCAGCGUCGACUUCGCCGACGGUCGUGCGCAGUCAUUCAACAUCUUCCCGUCCUCCCCGGCCUGCUCAGACCGAUCUCCCCCAUCGCACACGCAGUGUGGCGGUCCGAUCGUCCAACUCGUCCCAGCCCCCUCCACAGAAUCAGUAUUCACACUCGAAAACCCCUUCUCAUGACCGCCGCCCGCCUUCCAACUACGCUGCGCUCGAAAGCGUAGCCCGUCGGGACUUCGAGGCUUCCAAUGUUGCUAGGAUUCCGUCGCGUCGUGAUCCUUCCUCUGAGCGCUCGCAGGAACGCCCAUCAACCGCGACCCGGGCCGAAUCCACCCGACGACACCAAAGAAAUCCCUCAACACAAUCUCAUCAGCGAGAAAGAAGUGAUAUGACUGGGACAGUUGCGCCGGAUCGUGCUGCUGACUCGUCGCAGCAUGCGACCGAAACGCAUCAGGACCCCGACCGCUGCAGCACAGCCCCGGCGCCGUACAACAAUCACGACGCCGACAGGCCAGUGGGCCCUGGGAAAGACGAUUGGUGCGGGCAGCAUGGGUCGCUGUCAAGAUCGUCCCGAGACUUUCAACCGAGGAGCACCGCAAUAGUCGCGAAUCCGAGAAGGGCGGAUCGCUCAAAGGAAAUUCGAACGGCUCGAGAAGCAGCUAUCGUCAGCCUCACUAGCCAUCCUUAUAUCUGCGGCAUGCGAGAUGUGGUGCGAACUACCUAUCAUUGGUACAUGCUCUUUGAAUAUGUCAACGGAGGUCAAAUGCUGGAUUACAUCAUCUCUCACGGCAAAUUGAAGGAGAAGCAGGCCCGCAAGUUCGCCCGCCAGAUUGCCAGCGCGCUAGAUUACUGCCACCGAAACAGCAUUGUCCACCGAGACUUGAAGAUCGAAAACAUCCUGAUCAGCAAGACAGGUGAUAUCAAAAUCAUCGACUUUGGUCUCAGCAAUCUGUUUUUCGCCGAGAAGCCUUCUGAAGACGUUCUGUGGCAGUCUUAUACUGGCCCUGAAGUAGAUGUUUGGAGUUUCGGAAUUGUGCUCUACGUUCUAGUUUGCGGCAAGGUGCCCUUCGACGACCAGAGCAUGCCUCAGCUGCAUGCCAAGAUCAAGAAGGGUGUUGUGGAGUACCCACCGGGUCUCUCGACAGAAUGUCGCCACAUCAUCUCGCGCAUGCUUGUUACGGAUCCCAAGCAGCGUGCCAGCUUGAACGAAAUUAUGAACCACCCCUGGAUGAACAAGGGCUUCAGCGCACCACCAGAGAAUUUCCUUCCCCACAGAGAGCCUCUACAGCUCCCACUGGACCAGGAGGUGAUCGAAAAAAUGACGGGCUUUGAUUUCGGCCCCCCGGAAUAUAUCACGGCCCAAUUGACCAAGACAUUGGAAUCGGAGGAAUAUCGAAACGCUGUGCGAAACAACCACCGUGAACAGCCCGUUUUCAGCCAAGCCGAGAAAAAGCGCGGCGUCUUUGACUUCUACAAGCGCCGCAACUCUGCCGCUAGUCGCGAUACACUAUCAGCACCCUCGAUGGAGGCAAUUCAGCUGGGCAAUGACCCCUUGAAUGCAUAUAGCCCUCUGGUCUCCAUUUAUCAUCUCGUCAAAGAAAAGAUCGAUCGUGAGCGCGCCGACGCUCGACCGGGUGCCCUUGGCAUUCGUCCCACUACCGCCGAUGUUCAUGUAUCUGAGUUGUCUGCUCCGACCGCUCCUGAGGCUGCUCACACCAAUCAGUAUCAACUCCCGGGAGACAAGGACACUGGUCGCCGGUCUCGCCCGCGGGCCCGGACCCACGGUGAAGAUGAAGUCACUGAGGGCAUGAAGCACCUUCAUACUUCGUCGCCUUCUACGCACGCAAUGCCAAUUUCCUCGCAACCCGAGACUCCCGCAAAGAAGGAGAGCGCUGCUGCCGGUCUUUUGAGACGCUUCAGCACUCGCAGAACUAAGGAUCGCAGUCGUGAACACGAACGAGAGCGCACCAGUACCCCCAACACUCCAAUCUUGCAUGUUCAACCCCCUGCCGACUCGGCUUCUCCCCUCCACCGAGGUUUCAGUGUGCGACGAACCCGACGGGCCGAGCCGUCCCCCGGCUCUAUUCCUACUGGGGGGAGCCAGCCGCAACAAGAGUUCCUUGCUGCUCCUGGUUCCACCGACCAGACUUCCUCUUCAAACAAGUUUUUGGGCCGAUCCACCAGUGUCAACUCCGCUGACUACCGACCCCGGAGAGCAGCUCGCAGGAGCGAUGUUGAUACGCUGGAUGCAGAGCAUCAACCCCCUUCAACCAGCGGGUCCGACCAGGUUGCGCCCAAGGAGACCAUUCCUGGGACUGGUGGCCGUACGCACACAGCCCGAACCAUGUCGCUAGGUCAUGCUCGCCGUGAAAGUAUUCAAGCUCGUCGUCAACGACGGGAGGCGGCUCGGGAAGCAAAUGUCCCAGAAGAGACCGAUGCGGACAUCUCUGGGGCAGGAACCGCAUUGGAAAGUGCAAACGAAGGUGAAGAUUUGUCCAAGCCAGUUUACCUCAAGGGCCUCUUCAGUGUUUCCACGACCAGCAGCAAGCCCUUGCCCCUUAUUCGGGCCGACAUCAUCCGCGUGCUUAAACAACUAGCGGUGGACUAUGUCGAGAUCAAAGGCGGUUUCAGCUGCCUCCAUGCCCCAAGCAUUGACCUAGAGAAGGUGGUUGAUAUGAGCCCACCCAGUCCGGAUCGACAGGGACAGAUUUCUCACCGCCGGAGAAUCAGCUUUGGCGGACUUCUCGGGCAGGAUGACAGCCGGGAUGACAGCCGUUCGACUCAGAACAGAUCUCAACGCCGCAGCCAGGCCGCGCCAGAUCACAGCUUCACUACGAACUCGGAUGGUUCUGAGGAAUAUGUUGCCCGGGAACAUAAUCAGAGCGCUGUUGGCGACCGAGUGGUUGGAGAGACCACCACUCGCGUCCAAAGCGACACCGGAGAGAACCUGGUGCUUCGAUUUGAAAUUCUCAUUGUGAAGGUCCCCCUCUUUUCAUUGCAUGGCAUCCAGUUCAAGAAGGUCUCAGGUGGCAUGUGGCAGUACCGAGAGAUGGCAAAGAAGAUCCUCGAUGCCCUACGCCUAUGA